AUGCCCCGCGGAAAGAAGAAGGAACCCGAGCCCGAGCCCGAAGAGAACGAGGUCAUGGAGGACGCGGCCGUCGAGGAUGACGACGAGGAAUCAGCGGAGCUCGAAGAAAUGAAGAAGAGGCUCGCCGCCAUGGAGGAGGAGGCCCAGAAGCUCAAGGACGAGGCUAACGCCAUCGGCGACGACAUGAACACCGGCGACGGCGCCUCGGGCGCCGCCGACGCCGAUCGCGCCGAGGCUGACUCCCGCUCUGUCCACGUCGGAGGCGUCGACUACGCCACCACGCCGGAGGAGCUCGCCAAGCACUUCGAGGCGUGCGGCACCGUCAACCGCGUCACCAUCCUGACCGACAAGUACGACAACCCCAAGGGGUUCGCGUACGUCGAAUUCCUCGAGGCGGAUGCGGUGCAAAACGCGAUCAAGCUGACGGAUACCGAGAUCCACGGCCGAAAGCUCAGGGUGUCGGCCAAGCGAACCAACGUGCCCGGGAUGAAGCAAGGCGGGCGCGGGCGCGGCGGCCGCGGCGGCCGCGGGUUCAACCCCUACGGCAUGAUGAUGAUGCCGAUGAUGAUGCCUCACAUGUUUGGAGGCAGGGGAAGGGGCAGAGGUCGCGGCGGCCGCGGAGGACGCGGCGGCCGCGGUGCGCCGUAUUAA